AUGUCCGAUUUAGAUCGAAUCAUGUUACCAAGAUGUCCGCCCCUUCGGCAGGCCCGAGGGACGGUACUUAAUACUAUAAUCGAGGAUAACCGAGAGACGCAAUACUCCGAGAAGCCCGAGAUCAAGAAGCCUGCGGUAGCAACGGUACGUCAAUUGUUAACGCUCAAUACAAAGAACCUUCCGCCAUCCUCGACUUUGACCCGUUUCGCCUCCCCACGCUCCGCGGAUACCCAGUCAACGAGCUCGGAUAAUGAAUGGGAGAAACGAAUAACACAUUUCGAUGACCUUUACGAUGCCACGGAUAUCGAGUUGAGCCCGAGUGAUGACUGUGACUCUCUCACCUCGAGCUCCCGCCCAGGGAGUUUGGGGAGUCUGAUCACGCCUUUGACGAGGCACUCGUCCUCCUCCAUACCUGGAGAUAAACGUCUCAGUUUGGUCAUUCCUUCGGAGUGCUCUGCUUCGAGCAACCUGCAGCAUAAAACCUCUCCACUGCCACCCCCAACUCCGUCGAAAAUUCCGGUAUCAAGCGAGGCUCUUUCGAUGAUUCCAGUGGCAGUACCUGCCUUGCAUGCCCCCCCAUCACUGGAUGGCAGCCUCUCAUCUGACCAAAUAUCCAACAUCAGCACCCCCAUGACCCCAGAACUCCAUUCGGAAAAUGACUGGUCGCUGCGCGAAGUUCAAGUCCGGUCGGAUUUGGAUGACAGUCGAACAGAGGAGCUUUCCAACCCAGACGCAAGCUCGGACAUUCAAGACAUCGAGAUCACUAUCGAGUCCUCUGAAGAGAACUGGGCUCAUGUACUUGCAAUGUUCCCUGAUAUUCCCAAUGCCCCGGGUGUUAUGAAUUCAGAACCGGAGGCCCCGCCACUAGACGAGGGUGUUGUUCUCCCGGAGAAUGCAUUGUCAACACUACGAUGUAUUCAGCUGGAUGCUUCACCAGACCCUUGGUCCGAAACAUCCGAGAAAAACAACGAGAUGUGGCAACUACAGGUAGAGAUUGAUCGCCGGCGGCGAAGCACCGAAGAGGUUCCUUCUGCUUCUGCUUCCAGUCUCUCCGAUUACAGCUUUAGCAGUCUCAGUAUCCCUUCACCAGGAGGGUUCUUUGCUUCUCUGAAUGCACGUGCACGACAUACUUGGUCCUUUCCACAUUCCAACGAAGUUCCCUCAACCGCUACUGCAAGGAACUUUUACGAUGUUCCCUGGAAUCAAGCGAGAGGUGAGAUCAUUGAGCAGGUGAUUGAAUGCCCCCAGCGAGAGGAUUCCGAUGAUGAACCGACAGCAAAGCCUCCGAAGGCAACGCCUCUCACAGCAAUCAGAAUUCCAACGGAUACCGAAGUCCAGGCUGUACCAGCAGCAAUGGCUCCUGACAGUCCUGCUUCAUUUUUUGUCAACGAAAUCCCCAAGUCCUCUGUUGUUUACGAAUACGACGAGAACUAUGACGAAGAACUGAAACAGCGCGCCGUUGCAAGUCUCGACCGUACAAGCUUCUGGCUUACUGCUCAAGCCACUUAUCUCGCCGCCCUCCGGGAGACAAACCCCAUCAACGAUAUCUCCUGUGAGGCAGACCAGACGGGUGAGAUCAAGGAAGACAAAGAUGAAUCAAAACGAGCUUCAAGUGCGCUCAGCCGGAAAAGGUCUGUCAGGUUUGCGGAUAUCGUUCCUGAAGCCAUAGCCUUAGGUCCUUCGAUCUUUGCAAGCAAGGACUCGAUCUACUGGCGAGGAUUUCAGGCAAUGUGCAAAGAAUCCGGCAAUAUAGACACUUUCCUCCACCAGCAUACCCGCUUCGAGGCUAUUCAAUCCAACAGACUUGGCAGCGCCAAGUUGCAUAGAAAUUGCCUUCAAGGGAAAUAUGAAAUUGUUCCCUACGUGCGUCCACCUUACAAGGGACCUUUCUCCAAAGCUCCUCGAAAUUCGGUGAUCGCAUCAACUCUGGUGGAGAAGGCGGAAUUUGCUAGGUUGGAGAAGGAACAGGCAAUUCUUGCGCAGCUCAGUCAACCCAUGUGGGCCGUUGAUGCGUUCAAGUUUCUGUAUGGUGGCAAUUUGGUUCCGAGCCCUGCAUCAAAACGCCUCUUGAAAGCAAAAGAGCCUCUGGGGACUCCCCAGAAUGCCGGUAAACGUCGUAUCCGGGUUCUCGACUUGGGUGGACAAGGUGCGUGUGAGUGGGCAUGGAAGCUCGCCCACGAAUACCCGAACGUCAAGGUCUACACUGUCAUUACCAAGCAGCAAAUCGUCAACCAGGGGAUCAAGGGUCCUGCCAAUCACCGGCUAGUCUCUGUACCACGCCUUUGGAACCUCCCUUUCCACGACAAGCAUUUCGACCUCAUCUCAGCACGGUCGUUGCAUUCUCUCCUCAAGGCAGAGCCGCCAGUCGGCGAGCAGGACGAUGAGUACGAUCUCUGUCUGAAGGAAUGCUAUCGUUGCUUGAAGCCUGGCGGAUACCUCGAGUUUUUCGUCAUGGAUGCGGCGAUCUCUCAAGCUGGCCCGUACGCGUCUGCAACUUCAAUCGAAUUUGAAUUCAAUCUCAGAACACGAGGUUAUGACCCGAACCCAACCAAGAAGCUUCUCGGUCGCCUACGCAAGAGUGGCUUCGUCAACAUGAAGCGGGCAUGGCUGUUCCUACCUGUGGGCGUGGAGGCUAGCAAGACCAAGGUCAUCAGAGAAACGCCGGAUCCCGCAGUCAACGACGAAGUCGGCGAUUACGAAGCCGUCCACGGGCCGGUUGGUAGUACUACCGAAAUCGCCAGUUUGACUGGUGUUCUCGGAGGCUGGAUCUGGGAGCAAUGGUUGCUCAAGCUCCGAGUGGAAAUGGGGCAUGAGGAGCAACACCUCUUGGAUGGCAUCGGUCGUGUCUUUGCCGAAAGCCGCAAGAACAAUGCCGGGUGGACCUGUUUGUCUGGCUGGGGGAUGAAGCCCAAGAAAAAGAAGCCUGUACUGAUUCAACCGAAUCAAGCGCGCUGA